AUGGGCACGAAAGUUUCUUCAGCGAUCCAUUGUCCUUUGUUUAAACUUUUUUUUUACAUUAGGCAGUGUGUACGAGAAAGUGUUGCUUUAUUCGACUUUCAUUGGUUUUUAAUGUAUUACAUUGCUCAUCUUUUUUAUGACAUGAACACUGACGAUUGUAACACCAUGAAUUGAUCAUGAUCGAUCGUUUGAAUUGAAUACCGACACCAAUUAGUAGUAUUUUAUAACCGUUUUUAUUUUGGUCUGUAUUAUACAUAUUUAUUAAUUAUGAAUGCUAUUUUUUAUUGAAGGAUUUUUGACAUGCUAUAUUCUUACACAGUCUUAAUAAAUUAAUCUUUCACGCAUGAUUCGCGGUGAACGGACGUUGAGAAGAGGACCAGAGAUGAAAAUUCUAGAUGAAGAUUCAUGCUACAUUUUAGAAACAUUAUGACUAAUUCAUUAAUAUGAACUAUCAUCCUCGAAGGGUUUUAACGUAAUGCACCCCGCGAUUGUGAUGUUUGAUCGAUAAUAUUCAAGGUUAGAGGGUUAGGAGUUUCUAUAGACCAUUAUUGUUUCUACGAUAUAAGUAAUUUCCUAGAGGAUGAGUUUGUUGUUACAUGUCAGGGAAGUCGGAUGAAAUCCAUGUUUAUUUACGUGGCUCUACACUCGAUUUGUACAUUUUCAUAUAGUUAAUUAUUUAAUCAUAUAAAUUGUUCUAGGUGAGCAAACAUGGUGCAGAAGAAGAAAGCAGAGAAGUCUGCAUCGGAAACUCUGCCACCCGAGCCAGAAGUAGACACUCCGGAAGAGGAUGGUACGAUUGCCUCAAAAGUAUCAGCUUCCGUCGCUACUGCACAGUCUUAUGGCCCCCAAAUUCGGUAUAUUUUUGAGAAUCUCGAAGAACAAAGUUCUGACGAUGAACCAGAGUCUGGGAGUGACGAUGAAAAUAGAUAUCUUAAAGAAGAUACAAAGGAUGUUCCCUCGGAAUACUGGCAUUUACAAAAGCUAGUUAAAUACAUGAAGGCAGGAAACCAAACCGCAACGAUAGUUUCAUUGUGCCUCCUUAAAGACUAUGAACUUAAUUCCAAUGCUCUUCGAUCAUGCUUUCGGGAAAUGGGAGGAUUGGAACUUUUAAUAAAUCUUCUUGAAACUAAAGAUACUAAGUGUCAACAUGGAGCAUUAAUAGUUCUACUUCAAAUGACAACGUCGAGUGAAAUGAGGCGUCAUAUGGUUAAUCUUGGUAUAGUAUCACCAUUGAUUCAGUUAAUGAAGCACCCUGCAAAAGAUAUACAAAUAUUGGCUGCAGAAACCAUGGCAAAUAUAGCUCUGAUGAGAAAAGCUAGGAAACAAAUUCGCCUGCGUGGAGGAAUACCGCUAAUUAUGGACAUUAUGGAUGUUCCUGAUUAUGUAUUACAAAGUCCGUUAAACGACCUAAAAGAAGAUGACAGAGAACUCGUAGCAGUCGCUGCAGGGAGUGCUAAAGUACUGGACUCGGUGAGUAGCAGUCCGAAGAUCAAGGAAGAACUACGAAAACAUGGAGUAAUCUUCCUUAUGGCACGAUUUUUAAGAUCAUGCCAUACAAAUUUGAUCAUCUCGAUGAUGGGCUCUGUUCAACAGUGCGCAGACUUGAAAGAUUUCCGAAUCGCCUUCGAACAAGCUGGUAUCAUUGCUGACAUAGUGCAACAUCUUCAGAAUGAGGAUUUCAAAUUAAAGGAAAAUUGUGCUCGUGCUAUAUUUAAGUGUGCUCCCAGCAAGACCACACGAGAUAUUGUUCGAGAAGCAGGAGGAUUGGAUCCUUUGUGUGAACUUGUAGGAAGUAGCGAAGUCCGAAAAAGAAAGCCGUUACUUGCUGCGGUAGUGGGUGCAAUAUGGAAAUGUGCAAUGAGUCCAGAAAAUGUCAACCGGUUUAAACAGAACAGUUUAGUAGCAUCACUGGUUACUCUGUUGGAAGAGAACGAACAUGAAGACGUUUUAACCAAUGUAGUGGGCGCACUAGCUGAAUGUUGUAAAGAUCCUGCUAAUAUAGAUGUCUUAAUUGUUAAUGACGGGAUACCAAAACUGAUACAUUUGUUAAGUGCAACGUAUGAGCCCUUGUUGGAAAAUCUACCGUUGGUGUUGAAAGCCUGUGCGGAGAAUGAACAGUGCAUGGACAUCAUUAAUGAUACCGAUCAUGUUUUGGAUGGCAUCCGAUUGAUAUGGUCACUUCUCAAGCAUCCUAGUAAUAUCAUUAAAAGAAACGCAUGCCUUGCCCUAGUGCCUUGUAUUAAACAUGCCAAAGAUUCGCCAGAAAUGGUUCGAGCUUUCGUGGGUGGUCUCGAAUUGACAGUGAGUCUGUUAAAAAGUGACGACACCGAGGUACUCAGUGCAGUUUGUGCGACAAUUGCUGAAAUCGCGUUGGAUCCAGAGAAUUUAGGAAUCCUGACUGAUCACGGUGUGGUGAAGAUGCUUGCUGAUCUUGUGGAAACUGAAGACGAAGCAUUGAGGGCAAAUUUAGCGUUAGCCAUUGCGUACUGUUGUGAGUGGGGACAGAAUAAUUAUGAAUUUGGAAAAUUAAAUACCGUUGCACCGCUAGUCAAUUACAUGACUAGUCAAAAUCCAGAUGUUCUCAAAGGCGCUUGCAUAGCUUUUUAUCACCUGAGUAAAGAACCCCUCAAUUGUGUAACUAUGCACACGUGUGGAGUAGUCAAGCAUGUACUAAGAUUAAUCGGUUCUGAUGAUCUUGAAGUCCAACUUGCAGCUGCAAACACUAUACGACACAUACGGAAGCUAGCUCUUACAACAGAAAAAUUCCAUCACAAGGAAAUAGAUGGCGAAAUAUAGAAAUUUUACAUAAUAAAGGUAUAACAGCUGA